UGGUUGCGUGUAGACGGACAUCUUGCGAGUGCUGGCAAAUGGUUAUCUUCAAGAAAGAAUCUACUACCCUCAGCAACUCACAGCGUAAACAUUCCAGACUGGCAUGGGAAAGAAAUUACAGAAACCAGGCGUGCAAGCGAAAAGGACUGGAAACAUUGGCUGGAUAUGUCCACUUCUCAUGAAUCAUUAGAUCAGUGUUGGAAGCAGCGUGCACAGCAUGAGGUGUUGGAAGAUCCAACAAAGGUUGAAGACAAUAUAUUUGCCUUGAGAACACUUGUUCAAGGUGAAAAAGGGCUCUAUUCAAGAACUGAUGACACAUUCCUCUUAGCUUUUUUAAGAGCGAGGAAGCACAAUGUGAAUGAAGCCUUCAGACUGCUCAAGAACUUUUACAAAGUUAAGAAGGCUUAUCCAAAACAACUUGAAUGUUGCCUCCCAUCAGAAAAAGGAUAUGUUUAUGACAUGGACAUAAUGACAGUUCUAGACCAAAAAGAUAAUGAUGGGAGGAUUGUAGUGAUCAUGCGGUUUGAAAAACUGGAUUACAAAAAGAUCGUAGUAGAAGAAUGCUUCCAGACAAUAGCAACAGUGCUUUCGUUUUGUUGUGAAGAUCCUCACGUUCAUAUCUCUGGUGCAGUAUUUAUUGUGGAUAUGAAAGGGUAUGGACUUCAACAUUUCCUAGUUGCAACACCAUCAAACUUAUCACUUUUCAUUAAAAUGUUCCAGGACAGCUUUCCUUUGAGGCUGAAGGGUGUCCAUAUUGUAAAUGCACCAUCACUUUUUGCUGCUGUGUUUGCAAUUUCUAAACCAUUUUUGAAAGAAAAGAUGAGACAAAGAAUUCAUGUUCAUGGUAGAAACAUGUCUUCUUUGCAUGAAUAUGUGCCUUAUGAGAUACUACCAAAACAGUUAGGAGGAAUGGUACCUGAUUUCAACUUCAAUUCAUUCAGACACAAACUACAACAAAAUGAAAAUAUGAUCAAAGCAUGGAACAAAUAUGGAUAUGGUAUGGAACCCCAAGACAAUUUCGAAAUUGGAAUGUCAAAAUGAAUGUGAAGAUUAACCUUACUAUGUCUAGGUAGUAUGCCCUUUGGUGGUAAGAAAAAUUAUUAUGCAUGCAACUGUAUAAAAACUCAGUAAAUAGAAUUCAGAAUUCUAGUGUUAUGUUAUACAGUCAUGAAAACUGAAACAUUUGUGCCAUAUGUAUUAACAACAUCAUUGAAACAGUACAGAAUUUAUAUGUUAGAAACAAACAAUUUCGAACAUUAUCUCGUAUAAGUUCUUAGUGAUUAUAAAUUGCAGUAAGAAUUUAAAUGUCUCCUGUCAAAGUGUAAAAUAUAUUCAUUUUGUCUCAGG